GAGGCUGUUUUGGUAUCCAAACAACAAUGUUGUUCGGUCGUAAAUCAUCAAGCAAGUUACAGCCUGUAAAAGGGCAAGCAUCUCCUAAAGUUAGCAAGAAUAGCAAGCAGGAUGUUAAAAUUUCUUCUUCUUCUUCUUCACCUAAACCUUCUUCUUCACCUAUACCGAUUAGAUCAUCUAAGUCAAUAUUAUCCGGGAGCAACUUAACAUCAUCAAGACGUGUUUCAUCGCCUAUAGGCAUCCUCAAGAAUGUUUCUGUUAAAGAAGCUAAGAGCCCCAAGACGAGCAGUUCACCUAAAUGGACAGGCAAUUUUAUUCUUAUGGUCGAGCUUCGCAGGAAGAUCUUUACCUUUAGAGAUAUUAUUGAUCUUUCUACUCUUGAUGGUUCUCCUUCCAUAACCGAUAUGGUGAUGCAUACAAUGAAAGAUCUCCAGAAAAUUUGUCCUGAGAUCAUUCAUAGCUCCCAUAUCAUGGAAAUUAGACGUGCAAAUGUCGAUAAGGUUCUUGACCAUUUCUUCAAUGCUUUGAAAUCCAUUGGAGAUUCAUGGAUUGAUAACCCUGAAUGGAUAGCUAAAUCCAAGUAUUGGAGUAGCAGCGUCGGGAAGAAUCAGUCCGAUCGCUUAGUGGAAAAAGUGUUAGCUGCAUUAGAUGGACUGAUCAAGAUGUCAAAAGAGAGGUUUGAUAUGAUGGAGAUUGAUGAAGAAGAAGAGAAGAAAGAGUCCACUAGUCCACAGACAGGUAAAACCUCGAGCAGUCGAGUUUUAUCGCCAUCCGAAUCAUUCUCCGAUAGCAAAUCAUCCUUCGACAGAAACUCGUUUUGCGGGUCACCGAUCACGCCAAGAUCAGUUCUACCAGAACCAAUGAUGGGUUCACCGGGAAGAGUUGGAGACUUUGCAAACUCUGCAUCACAUCUUCUGUGGAAUAUGAGAGUUCAAGCACUUGAGAAGCUUAGUCCUAUCGAUGUUAAGCGACUCGCUAUCCACAUCUUUUCACAGAAAGAAGCUCAGGAACCAAAUCAAAGCAAUAGUGAAGAUGAGAUUAGUGUUGUUGAAGAGAUCAAGCAGAAGAAGGAUGAGAUAGAGAGCAUUGAUGUGAAAAUGGAGACAGAAGAAUCUGUUGUUCUUGAUGAAGAACAAGAUACUGUCAUGAAGAUCUCUUCUUUGGAUUCAACAUUUGAAUCCAAACUUAAUCCUUCAGAAAAAUCUGAAAAUUUGUCACAAUUUUCGCCACCACCGCCGCCUCCUCCUCCUCCUCCUCCUCCACUAUCCACUAUAAAAACUGCAUCUUUACCUUCUCAACCACCACCUCCUCCUCCUCCUCCGCGUAUUGCUGACGUGGCAAUAUCAAUGCCACCUCCGCCACCACCACCGCCUCCACCAGCAGUUAUGCCUUUAAAAGGCUCUGCUCCACCACCACCACCACCGCCUCCACCAGAAAAUAUGCCUUUAAAAGGCUCUAAUACUCCACCACCACCGCCACCUCCUCCACUUCCAAACACUGCACUCGCUCCACCUCCACCGCCUCCACCUCCAAGAACUGCAGUGGCCCCACCUCCUGGAACUGCAGCGGCACCACCACCACCUCCUCCUCCUCCACCGAUGCAAAACAGAGCACCACCGCCACCUCCAAUGCCUAUGGCAAAUAGUGGAAGUGGUGGACCACCACCUCCACCUCCUCCUAUGCCUCUAGCUAAUGGAGCAGCACCACCACCGCCACCACCUCCGAUGGCUAUGGCAAAUGGAGCAGCGGGACCGCCUCCACCACCACCUCGAAUGGGUAUGGCGAACGGAGCAGCUGGUCCACCGCCACCACCAGGAGCUGCAAGAAGCUUGCGUCCCAAGAAAGCAGCCACUAAGCUGAAAAGGUCAACACAAUUAGGAAACCUUUACAGAAUCCUUAAAGGGAAAGUAGAAGGGCGUGAUCCUAACGCAAAAACGGGCAGCGGAAGCGGAAGAAAAUCUGGAGCCGGAAGCGCUCCAGCUGGUGGAAAGCAAGGAAUGGCUGAUGCUCUUGCUGAGAUCACAAAGAAAUCUGCAUAUUUUUUGCAAAUACAAGCCGAUAUUGCAAAGUACAUGAAGUCAAUCAAUGAGCUGAAGAUUGAAAUCACUAAGUUCCAGACUAAAGACAUGACUGAGCUACUUACCUUCCACCAUCGCGUCGAAUCAGUUCUUGAAAACCUAACAGAUGAGUCACAGGUUCUUGCGCGAUGCGAAGGGUUUCCGCAGAAGAAACUCGAAGCAAUGAGAAUGGCAGUUGCAUUGUACACGAAAUUGCACGGUAUGAUCACUGAGCUACAGAACAUGAAAAUAGAACCUCCUUUGAAUCAGCUUCUCGAUAAAGUCGAACGUUACUUCACAAAGAUCAAAGGAGAUAUUGACACUCUGGAUCGAACCAAAGAUGAGGAAUCUAAGAAGUUCCAGAGCCACAACAUCCACUUUGACUUCAAUAUACUUAUUCAGAUCAAAGAAACAAUGGUUGAUAUCUCAUCAAAUUGCAUGGAACUUGCAUUGAAGGAAAAGAGAGACGAAAAGCUUGUGUCCCUCGAUGCGAAGCCGAGCCUGAAGAAGACAGUAGGAUCUGCUAAAAUGCUUUGGAGGGCAUUUCAGUUUGCAUUCAAAGUCUACACAUUUGCUGGAGGACACGACGAUCGCGCUGAUUCUUUAACCAGAGAGUUGGCUCAUGAGAUCCAAACUGAUUCUGAUCAGAACCUAUGAUGAUUCCAUCAUUUAGAUCAUCUUCACAAGUUCCCAACUACUACGUACUCCUUUUUGCCAUUUUCAACAGCUUAAAAUAUUGUCCCAAAAUGUUCGAUAUCGAACAAUAAAAGAGUUUAUGUAUAUGUAUAUAUAAGCUUUAACCUAUUGUUUUUGACUUUUGAAUGUGUAAUUUUGUAGCUCCCUCAAAAAAAUUAGGAUUUAGAA